CACAUAUAGUAACCAGGCGAGAGCAUCAACCACACAGUCUAAGGCAGCGAGCAGCGGCCAACGCAGCAGCGCAAUGGACCGCCUCCUCCGCACGACCCUCAAGCGCAGCACGCCCGCGCACGUCUUCCGCCUCACGCUCAACGGGCUGGGCCUGUUCUGCGCCUGCACCCUGGUCUGGGAGCACCUGGUGACCGUGCAGCUGAGCGAGGGCCCCUCGAUGUACCCGACCUUCCACCCGCGCGGCGACUACCUGCUGAUCUCGCGCGUGCACCGCCACGGCCGCGGCGUCGCCGUCGGCGACGUCGUGCGCUUCUACCACCCCUCCUUCCUGGGGGUCAACGGCGCCAAGCGCGUGAUCGGGCUGCCGGGGGAUCUGGUCUGUCGGGAUCUGCCGUUUAGUACGGAGGCUGGGGGGACGGGGGAGAUGAUUCGGGUACCCGAAGGACAUGUCUAUCUCGCCGGUGAUAAUCUCCCAUGGUCGAGAGACUCGCGAAAUUACGGACCCAUCCCCAUGGGGUUGAUUAAUGGCAAGAUCGUCGCGAGGGUGUGGCCCCCUUCGCGGAUGAUGUGGGUGGAAAAUACGUUGAAGCCGGCGCAGUUGGAUUGAAUGGAGGAUUGAAGUGAACGUAACGCACUGUACAGCGUUCCUACAAGCAUGGCUGGAGUUUGGAGUUGGGAAGGAAAUUUGUGCAUAUUCAUACAUAAAAGCUCUCUUGUACAAUACUACAACACUCG